AUGCGUCCGUUCCUAUCAACAAAACUAACAUUGUCUGAUCGGCCGCGGGGGGCGCCCGCCGCCGCGCCCGCGCCCGCCCCCGCUCGCACCGACAACACACACCUAGCCCACGCCCACCCCGCCCACGCCCUGCUGGCCGUCGCCCACGCCCUGUUAGGGCCGGCCAGCACGAUCGCCAAAAACGCGCCCACGAUCACAAAACAAGAGGAAGCGCCGGUCCGACAGAUGGAGGAGCUCCAACCGCAAGUGAACCUGCCCAUAGAACAGGUGGCCAUGCCCGAGGAGGACGUCAGCGACCUGCGGGACGUGGUGGACGCUAUCAACAAGCUGUGCGACACUAUGAAGACCUCCUACGACGAACACGAGCUGAUACAACCACGAGAAGUUGUUGUGAGGGAAGUUGACACACACCUCGCGGAAAUAUGGAGCGAGGAGAUACUAGCUGAAGAUACGGAGAGGAGUGACGAGGAUUAUAUGAACAGGAGCACGGAAAAAGGCCGGGACAUACAGACUGGAACAGAACAGAACGAGGAUGAAACGAGUCCGGUCACACCUGGCGAAGAUAUGACUCAACCACGACACGAACAAACGAAACGAACAGACGACAAUAAACACCACGUCGUGUCCGACCACCAGACACCAGACGUGGUGUCCGAGCCGACCAGCGACAUGUACUACACCGCCAGUUCGGACGGGUCGCUACUAUCGGACACGGAGGGAGCGGAGCGGCUCACGGUCAGCGACCGGGACGGAGUGAUGGCCGGACACGUGGCCGCCAUGAGGGAACACUUCGAGAACAUGACCCGGACAAACACGCCCUGCACCGACCUUAUGAGGUCAGCCUCACCGACCUACGAAAUAUACAGAACAUUCACUAAUUCCCCCGACAACUAA